UAUCAAGGUACCGUCAGACAUACAAUUGAGAGUUGAAUUCCCGGAACGUAUCUAUUGUUUAUUUUGAGUAUUAUCUGAGUUCUAGCAUCGCUGCGCCCGCUCAAAAUACACAAGCUUACCAUUCUAUUUCAUACAUCCAGGAUGUCUGCCAAAACCGAACUGCCCAUUAUCUUCGGCGCCAUGACUUUUGGUCGCGAAGGCGAAGGUCAAGUCCGCACGUCAAAUCUGUCCGAUUGUGCGGCUAUACUCGACACGCUACGAUCCCAUGGGCACGCGGAAGUCGAUACAUCGCGUUUCUAUGGCAAUGGGUCAAGUGAAGAGUGGCUAGGUGCAUUGAAGUGGAAAGAGCGAGGCUUGAUCCUGGACACGAAAUUCUUUCCCAACACCGGUGGGUGGUUUGGACGUGCAGAAAAGCACCUCACAUUACCCGACAUGCAGCAAGCCCUCGACGCAAGCCUCCAAGCGCUAGGAACAACCAGCGUAGAUCUAUGGUAUCUCCACGCCCCCGAUCGCAGCGUCCCCAUAGAACAAACUCUAUCCGGCGUACAUGCCCUCUUCCAGCAAGGCAAGUUCACGAAAUGGGGCCUAAGCAACUUCAUGGCCUGGGAAGUCUCCGCCAUCUGCGAGAUCUGCCUGCGAAACGCCUACCCGCUUCCCUCCGUGUACCAGGGUUCGUACAACGCCCUUUACCGCACUGUCGAGAAUGAACUAUUGCCCUGUUUGAGGAAAUACAAGAUUGCGUUCUAUGCAUUUGGUCCGCUCGCGGGCGGGUGGCUUACCUCGCGGUAUCGGCGUGAUACGGCGGCCGAGGGCUUGGAGGCUGGGAGUAGGUUUGACCCAAGUCAUAUACAGGGGCGAAUGUACCGCGAGCGAUACUGGAAUGAUAGUUUCUUUGACGCGUUGGAGCUGCUGCGUAAUUCGCUUAAAGCGGAAGGAGGGGCGAUGACGGAGAGUGAGGCUGCGUUACGGUGGAUGAUGCAUCAUUCACAGCUGAAGCGCGAGUUGGGCGAUAAAGUAAUCGUUGGUGCGAGUAGUCAGCAGCAAUUGGAGAUGAACCUUGUGGAUUUGGAGAAAGGGAGUUUACCGGAUGGUGUUAUAGAAGCUUUUAACCAAGGGUGGGAUAGGACACGAGGGCUUACUUGGAAGUAUUUCCAUUGAUUGAGAGAUUAGUCUUGUAGUUGGCUUAUUAGGUCCAGAGUGGUAGUUGUAGAACCAUGGUUUGGCGGUGUUUUCAGGCAGAAAACCAGAGUUGAUGGGACAUCUCUAAUUUCUUGAAGUAGCAACAUGAAAGUUGAGUAUAAAUGUAUUAGGCCUUCUAAAAUUCUUCAAUAUCAGC